AUGAAUGAGUAUUUGUCUCUUUGUGUAUUAAUGAUGGAACAACCAAAUACCACCACCUUUUUAUCGGUAUUUAGGGUAGGAUAUAUAAGACGUACAAUAUUAGAUCAUAUCCCAAAUCUUGCAAGACAAUAUGCUCGAAUUAGAUCAAGAGAUAGAAUUAGUCAAGGUAAACAAGAACAAUCAGUAUAUAUGAGUCCUGAUCGUUGUACUAAAACAUACUAUAAUGCAAAUAAUAUAAAAUGGUUACUUGUAAAUGGAUAUGAAUCAUUAUUAAAAGAUAAAUAUGAGGCUGGACAUUUAUUUGAAGCUGAUCCAUUGUUUUCAUGGAUGGAGUGUUGUACUGAACAGGCUAGAGUACCAGCUCCUUUGAUCGAUAAACUCAUUGGUGCCAUAUCAUGGCAAGAAAGAGAAAAGUGUAUUAGAAAAGCAAUUAUCGGUGGUAAUUUGGUAUUACUAGAGAAACUUUUAAAGUUGUUUUCAGAGGAUACAACUCUUACUUCGAUGGCAUUGAUCUAUGACAUUGCAUCGAAAUGCCAAAACAACCCUACAUUUAAAGAGUUUAUCAAUCGCACUUGUGCUCAACACUUGGCUAGAUAUAUUCACCAUGGAAGACAACUCGCAGACAUUACUACACAGGAACAUGGUACGAGAAUAUGUAAAAUGAUCGUUGGUGUGACACCAAUUGGAACCAAUAGUCUGUUGAGAAUCCCUGAUAGUUGGAUACUCCAAAUCAACAAGGAUCUCAUCAUGUCAUUUGAUGUAAAAACGUUAAAGUAUAUCACCGACGAGGUUCAUCUCAUUUCAUUCAACGUUGUGGCACUUUAUGAUUUUGUGGAAUCGGUUCUUUGCAAUCCCUGGACUAUUCAAGACCAACACAUCAAUACAAUUAGAGAUAUUUGGAGAUUGGUUAUGCUCAGACACCAAGAUAUAUUCAACUCGAGAGAUUCAAUUGAACAAAGAGUCAUUGAUAAAUUACAAAUCGAUAGUCGGUGGAGUGCAACAACACCAAAGACCAACCAACCAUUCACCUUUAAACAAUUGGUUGACCUCUUUUACUUUAUCGAUAUGAUUACAAUGUGCAAGAUAGAGUACAGAACUUUGGACGACAACAUUGCAACUACAAUAGCCUUUAUCAGCUCAUUGACACCACCCCACUCCUCCAAGGAUACCAGUACAACCAACCAAGCUGCAUUCUUUGUUGGUGUUGUUGACUAUGUCGAGACAUUUGUGCCAAAAUCAUUGAUAAACUAUGUAUCGGUCUUUGGACGGUCAUGUCUAGUGUGCAGUGUUCCAGCAGUCGUUUACUUUGAACAAAAGAUGAAGACAUCCAGUUUAUUGAAGGCACCAAUCGUUUACAAUGACGCUCGAGUAUUAGAGUAUGUGGCCACCAAAUACACAUUCCAAAACGAAACAUUGGAAAAGAUUCUCAUCGAGUCAUGUACAACUGACCAUGUUGAUAUGGUCGGUAGCAUCAUCCACCUCUUUUCAGAGACUGUUAUCAGGUUACUCGAUAAACUAUUGGUUGAGUCUGCUCGAUCAGAUAGCUUAAACACAUUCCUCCUACUCUUUGAGACAUACCCGGCGCAGUGUGUGGUUAUAUUGUGUAACCAACCAAUUCUCGUUAGAAUUUGGAAACCCUCUUACUUUGUACUCAGACAUUUCAACAAGAUUAUCCAUCACUUUGAAUCGACCAAGUGUCAGUGGAGACCAGGUGUACUUAAUGUCUUUAUCGAACUAGCCAUUAUCUUUUGCAACUUGCCACUUAUCAAGAGACUGUUAUUACUACCCAAGACAAAGGUGCCAACCGACCAGUUCAACGUUGGAUACGCUGUACCAUACAAACCAAUAUUAGAUUUCUUUUUCGAUGCUACUAUGCACCCCGAUGGCACCUAUGUCUGUGGUACCCAUUUUACCUUGUCGUUUGGUAACUUUUGUUGGGCAGAGGCAACCUAUGCAAACGAUCCAGCCAAACUAGACUUACUCUUCCAACUCAAUCUACUCAGAGCUCCAGGUCCAUACGAACAAGCCUUUUCUGUGCAGAAUGAACUCCAAAAAACCAUUCUCCCACAGGCAUUCAAACACGGCUCGGUCAAUCUGAUCCAGUAUUGUAUCGAUACUUACAACAUACGAGUUCGUGAUGUCUUUUUAAAACAAGACCUCAUUUACAAAGCCAUCACCAGCAACAGUCUCCCCAUCAUAAAACAUUUAAUUAAAUUCAUCCAAUCACGUGCACAAGCAGGUGACCCAGAACCAAGAAUGUACAGCAUGAUCAUUGGAACUGAAAAGAAAAAAAAAGCGGUUAUUGAACAACCACCUACACUACUUGAAUAUAUGUAUGAUACUGCCAAUACAUUAAAUCAAAAGGAAAUAUUAAAGUUUUUAUCUUUAAUAAGAAAUAAUAAUAAAAAAUAG